AUGGCGGAUUCAAGCGAUUCCUUUUCCGUCGAUAUAGAGACUAUUUAUCUUGGCGGAAAGGAACAUACUGUACGGACUGGCCGUGGCUCUGUAUCUGUUAUCGUAUAUGGUGACCAAGACAAGCCUGCACUUGUCACAUAUCCUGAUUUAGCCCUAAAUCACAUGUCAUGCUUCCAAGGAUUGUUCUUUUGUCCAGAAGCAGCUACUUUGCUGCUUCAUAAUUUCUGCAUCUACCACAUCAGUCCUCCUGGGCAUGAGUUGGGAGCUGCUGCCAUUUGUCCUGAUGAUCCCGUCCCGUCAGUUGAUGAUUUAGCUGAUCAAAUAGUUGAGGUUCUAAAUCACUUUAGGCUUGGGGCAGUUAUGUGCAUGGGAGUGACUGCAGGAGCUUACAUUCUCACCUUAUUUGCGAUGAAGUAUAGAGAGCGGGUUGUUGGGUUGAUCCUCGUUUCUCCUCUGUGCAGAACACCCUCGUGGACGGAAUGGUUUUGUAAUAAGGUGAUGUUGAACUUGCUGUACUUCUAUGGUAUGUGUGGUCUGCUAAAGGAUUGCUUACUUUUCCGUUACUUCAGCAAGGAAGUUCGAGGUAGUGCAGAAGUUCCAGAAUCAGAUAUAGUUCAAGCCUGCAGAAGAUUGCUGGACGAGAGACAGAGUAUUAAUGUCUUCCGAUUUCUUCAAUGCAUUGAUAGGAGACCUGAUAUUACGGAGGGCUUGAAAAGUUUGAAAUGCCGGACAUUAAUAUUUGUUGGGGAGAAUUCUCCUUUCUAUGCCGAGGCUCUCCACAUGACAUCUAAGCUGGACAGAAGAUACUGUGCUUUAGUUGAGGUACAAGCUUGUGGAUCAAUGGUGACGGAAGAGCAGCCUCAUGCAAUGUUAAUACCCAUGGAGUAUUUCCUGACUGGAUUCGGUAUGUACCGCCCGACUCAGUUAACCGGGAGUCCAAGGAGUCCUCUGAGCCCAACUUGCAUAUCGCCGGAGCUGCUUUCACCCGAAAGUAUGGGAUUGAAAUUGAAACCAAUCAAAACAAGAAUAUAA